AUGGGUUCCAAAUCUGAGCUUGCCAUCGAUAAGUUAUUUUCUGAUUUGCAGAUUAAUGAGUUGAUGCCAGAUUUUGAUGUUUAUCUUCCAAAUAGCCGGUUUAGAAAGUCUUCCCCUGGUGAUCCAAAUUUUCUACUAUACUUAUGUAGAGGAAUUCACACUGGCAGACACGCUGCUUCAUUGCGUGGCAGUGUGUGUUCGGGUUGGGGGGUUCUUAUAGGAUCUGGUGAUGUGCGAGAAAGAUGCAGAAUGGGCUCAGUGACACACAACCAGUACUUGGCUCUAGCCAAACUGAUCAUGAUUUUGAUGUGGGAGCAUGUUAUUGUUGACCAUAGCAAGAAUAUGAAGGCAUUGGCUUAG